AGGCCAACUGUGAACUCAGAGCUGGUCACACCGUUCCUACUGCAGCUCCAUUGGGGACACACUUUUCAUUCAUAAAAGGUGUACCACUGCAAGCACUGCCUUUCCCCCCCAAUCAUCUCAAAGGACAAGGGAUCAUUUUAUACAAAAACUGGGAUUUAAAUAUUUCUCAAGGAGUUGUUUUUUUUUUUUUUUGGUUUUUUUUUAAGACUACAGUUGUCUCGGCAACAGUAUUUUGAGGGAUCCACAGAUUCGCCGUUGCUGUGCGCGUCGGAUAUUUCCAUCAGAAGAUGCCAGCAGAUAUGAUGGAGAAAAACUCCGCGUCCCCGGUGGCUGCGACUCCGGCGAGCAUGAACACCACCCCAGAUAAACCCAAGACGGCUUCCGAACACAGAAAGUCGUCUAAACCGAUUAUGGAAAAAAGGAGAAGGGCAAGAAUCAAUGAAAGUCUGGGCCAACUGAAAACGCUAAUCCUGGACGCGCUCAAAAAGGAUAGCUCGAGGCACUCAAAGUUGGAAAAGGCGGAUAUCCUUGAAAUGACAGUGAAGCACCUCCGGAAUCUGCAGAGAGCGCAGAUGACUGCUGCCCUGAACACGGACCCCACCGUUCUGGGGAAAUACCGAGCGGGAUUCAGCGAGUGUAUGAACGAAGUCACUCGCUUCUUGUCCACCUGCGAAGGGGUCAACACCGAGGUCAGGACUCGACUUCUCGGUCACCUCGCCAGCUGCGUGACGCAGAUCAACGCAAUGAGCUACCCCACCCAGCACCAGAUCCCCGCCGGCGCUCCUCACCCCGCGUUCGGCCAGCCCAUGGUUCAGAUUCCCAGCGCGUCGCCGCCAGGCAGCGUGCUGCCACUGAACGGGGUUCCCUGCAAAGGCGGCUCAUCUGCCAGUUUACAGUCGGAGGCGACGAAAGUAUACGGGGGUUUCCAGCUUGUCCCGGCCACGGAUGGACAAUUUGCCUUUUUGAUUCCCAACGCCGCAUUUGCACCCAAUGGACCAGUUAUCCCAGUGUACGCCAACAACGCCAGCACGCCGGUUCCAGUGGCGGUUUCCCCGGGCGCACCCUCACUCACAUCGGACUCCGUAUGGAGACCCUGGUAGAGAGGCGGGAUCAUUUACCAAGACUUUGAAAACUGACUUAGAUUAUUCUUGAAAUGUUACGAGAUUCUGUUCAAAAAGUUUUGUUUUUUUGUAUGAAAAUGUAUAAAAGAGAAGAUUCUGCACUAUAUUUGUAUAUAUGAGGGAGAAGUUCAUAUUGAAAUGAGAUUCGUAUUGUCAAGUGAAUGAAGUGCAUUUUUUUUAUAUUCACGGUAUGUUUUUACUGUGUGAUGCCAAAGAAAUGUUGAAUGCUCUUAAAAAGUUCUUCAUUUUGGAAGACAAAUAAAUUUCUAAAGAUAUCCAGAA